AUGACUCCCUUUCUCCCACCAGCAAUUGCAAUAACCAUUCUUCUUUUGCUCCAACUCGUACCUCUCCCUACUUUGGCGGUCUCGAUGCCCUCGACUGCUUAUAUUAGAGACGAGGAUGGUGAACCGUUGCUAAACGGCGGAACCUAUUACAUUAUCCCACAGAGAACCAAUGGUGGAGGUCUCACCGUUGCCCAAAAAGCACAAACCACACCAUGCCCUCUCUUUAUAGCCCAAGAGAAAGAUGGUUCAUCUAAUGGCCACGCUUUCAAAAUCACUUCUCCAAUAAGCUCAAAGUACCUUCCAUUUGGUCCAACUGAAUUCUACUUAACCAAAGUCACUACCACCUGCACGAAACCACUAGCGUGGCGAUUAAUCACGGAUAAUGCAACCGGACAUAUCUAUGUGGCUGCAGGUACUACUCAGUCGCUCGGGCCGACUGCAUUCAGUAUUACAGGACCAUUUUUUUAUGUCCAACCAUUUGAAUAUCAGAUAUUCUAUUGUGACAAUGUCUUAUGCAAACUUGCUGGACUCUAUGAGAACGGACUUUUGGGCAUGAAUCAUGAUGUUAAUCUUGCCUAUCGUUUCAGAAAAGCUUUUACCCACACUUCACAAGUUAUGUGA